UCCGCCAGCCUCGGCCUCCCAAAGUGCUAGGAUUCCAGGUGUGAGCCACCACGCGCCCUGCCAGAAUGACCGCUUUUUAGGACCUUUUCCCUGCCGCGUGGAAACUGGAGGGAGCUGGGCGCAGUGCAGAGAUGAGGUCCAGGUCUCCGCCCCUGCGCCACCUGAGGUUCUGCCAUGGCCCAGCAGAGAGCCCUGCCCCAGAGCAAGGAGACACUGUUGCAGUCUUACAACAAGCGGCUGAAGGAUGACAUCAAGUCCAUCAUGGACAACUUCACCGAGAUCAUCAAGACCGCCAAGGUCCGAGCCGGUGAGUCCCUGAUGAAGCUGGUGUCCGACCUCAAGCAGUUCCUGAUCCUCAACGACUUCCCCUCCGUGAACGAGGCCAUCGACCAGCGCAACCAGCAGCUGCGCGCGCUGCAGGAGGAGUGCGACCGGAAGCUCAUCACGCUGCGGGACGAGAUCUCCAUUGACCUCUACGAGCUGGAGGAGGAGUAUUACUCGUCCAGGUACAAAUAGAGCCGGACUCCCCGUGCAGAGUGGGAGCCUGCCUACCUGGGCCUGGCCAGCAGGCAAGGCUGCCCUGACUCUCAAGGGCCUUCUGCUUUUUCAAACCCUUGCUGCUCUUGGCAGUGGAGCCGUGCCUGGGUUUCACAGCAGAGCUCCUGGCAGAGCGUUUGGUCGACAGACAAUUCACGAGCAUCUGCCGGGGCCCUGGGCCUUUCCCGCAGUGCAGCCUGAUGAGAGCCGCAGGACUCACGCCAGUUGGACAGGCCGAGUCUGGAGAAGGGAGGGCCUGGCCGGCAUCCGCUGCAGGGUCUUCCUGAGAGCCUCCCUCCUCGGGCAGUGCCUCUGGGCCAGUGGUGCGCCUGUUAGCAUCUGAAUCCAUAUUCAGAGA